AUGCUGGGUGUUCCGCGUUUCGCACAGACCCCGCGUGUGUCGGUAACCUAUGUGGCGGUCGAGAACGUUGACACCGAGGAGGGUAAUCCCAUGGUAGUGAUCAAUGUCAUCGCUGCCGUGGUGGGCAUAAUGGCCGCCGGGGCAUGUGCAGCACUGGUCAUUUGGCAAAUCCGCAAACGGCAAGUGCUCACACCUGUGCACAUGCUAGACGAGGAUGCCGUUCAGGAGCCAGAUGCGGAGGCACCGGCAACACCUUCCAGCCAACCGGAUCCAGACAUCCAAGACAUCCGCUCCGCCGGGCAGACAUCGCCACAAUCCUUGGCAUUGCGCAACGCCAUGAACAACACCAGUGUGGAGCCCAUCUUCUCGCCCUUUGGCGCUGAUCCAGAACCUUUCUGGCAGGACACCCCUCAAGAACCUGCGCCGACGCCCGCCCGGUCACCACAACCUGAGGUGGCUCACGAGCGAAUGGUGACCCUAGACCGGGACGAG